UGUUAAAAUAUAUUGGAUUUUGCCCAUACCUAUAAUCCAAUCAUCUACACUACACAAUAUCUUAUUCAUUAUCAUAUAUAGAAAUAUAGUAUAGUUUUAAUUAUUUUUUUUUGAAUCAAAUGAAAAGAGAGUAUGUACGAGAAGAGAAAACUAAAGAUUAUUCUAGUAACAAAAACACUAUGUUUGGUAAACUACAUCAUCAAAAUUUUCAGCAACACCAUCAACAACUUCAUCAACAACAACAACAACAACAGCAGCAGCAGCAGCAGCAGCCUAAUUUUCAUCAUCCAGCUUUUCAACUAACUCGCGAAUGCCAGACUUCAGAGGAAGCAGACAGUACUACUCAUCGAAUGAGUCCUACAAACAGAAAUGACCCUUUAAACCCCCAACCCGUUAAUGCAGUUGCACCGCCGCCACCGUCUUCAGCCGGCAACGACGGUGCUACAAUUGAAGUUGUUCGCCGUCCUCGGGGCCGUCCUCCUGGUUCAAAAAACAAACCGAAACCGCCUGUUAUCAUAACACGCGAUGCCGAGCCAUCUAUGAGUCCUUAUAUACUUGAAAUUCCAACUGGGGUUAAUAUUAUUAAUUCUAUUACGAGGUUUUGCAGAAAACGGAAUAUGGGUCUUUGUGUUCUUAAUGGUUCAGGUACUGUAACGAAUGUUACUCUCCGGCAACCAUCAACAACGCCGGUUUCGACUGUUACCUUUCAUGGCAGAUUCGAUAUACUUUCAAUUUCAGCAACAAUUGUUCAACCAAAUGCUAGUGUUCCAUCAAACAAUGGAAUAGCAAAUGGGUUCACAAUUUCAUUGGCGGGUCCACAAGGUCAAGUAGUGGGUGGUGGUGUAGUUGGACCACUGGUAACAGCAGGAACUGUGUACUUAAUAGCUGCAACUUUCAAUGGUCCAUCUUAUCAUAGGUUGCCUGUUGAGGUGGAAUUAGCAAGGAAUAAUUCUGGUGGUGGGAACGAAGAUGGCUCCUCACCGCCGCAGCAGCCGGCGGUUUCUGGUGGAGGAGAUAGUGGACAUCCACCGUCAACGACGGCGCCGGAAACUUGUGGGAUGUCGAUGUUCAGCUGUCAUUUGCCGUCGGAUGUGAUUUGGGCACCUACUGCUAGACAACCACAACCACCACCUCCACCACCUUACUAAAAUUCUUGGAAUCUGUGCUUUUUCUUCUACUGUCAUAUUUUCCUCACUAAUUCUGGGUUUUUUGAUUUUGGGAUUAUUAUUUUUCUUUCUUUCUUUUUUUUUAGUUUAUUUAGUUGACUUUGUUGAUUAAAAAAAUGUACUCUGUGGAUUAGCCCUUUUUAUUUGUUGUUUAUUUUAGUAGGGAAAGAAGGAGAAUGUUUUGUUACUAAUUAAAAUAGUAAUUUAGUUGAACCUUAGCUAUUAAAUA